GCUUCCUUCGCCAUUGGAAUUUUGACCUCUCCUCCCUCAUGCCGAUCGACAUCAACUUGCUGCGCGUGGAACGCGGCGGUAACCCGGAACUCGUUCGUGAAAGCCAGCGCAAGCGCUUUGCCGACGUCGAUCUUGUCGACCGCGUCAUUGCGCUCGAUGAAGCGUGGCGCAAGAAGCAGGGUGACUUGGAAACCGUCAAGAUGAACAUGAACCGCCUCCAAGCGACCAUCAAGGACUUGUACAAGGCAAAGAAGAAGGAUGAAGCGCAAGAGUUGGUCGAACAGCGCAAGAAACUGGAGGAAUCCGAACCUGCAUUGAAGUUGGAAGCGGACGCCCUCAAGGAAGUCGUGGACCGCGAAUUGUACAAGAUUGGCAAUAUUGUGGACUCGUCCGUCCCGAUCUCCCAGAACGAAGACGACAACGUUGUGACGGGAACAUGGGGCACGUGCCGCCCGCAUGAUGACUCGCUGCAUUACCACCACGAAGUUCUCCAUCGCAUUGACGGGUACGAGCCGGAAAAGGGCGUGCAAGUUGCAGGCCACCGCGGGUACUUUCUCAAGGGUUAUGGCGUCAUGCUGAACCAAGCGCUGAUCAUGUACGGCCAGCAGUUCCUAAUGAAGCGCAAGUAUACGCUCCUUCAACCUCCCUUCUUCAUGAACAAGGACGUCAUGGCCGGCGUUGCGCAGUUGAGCGAGUUCGACGAAGCCCUGUACAAGGUCACGGGCGCCGACGCGAACGACGAAAAGUACCUCAUUGCGACGUCCGAGCAGCCCAUGUGCGGUUUUCACAAAGGGGAAUGGAUCACGGAGUCGGCGCUCCCGAUCCGUUAUGCCGGCACGUCGACGUGCUUCCGCAAGGAAGCGGGGUCGCAUGGCAAGGACACGUGGGGCAUCUUCCGCGUGCAUCAGUUUGAGAAGGUCGAACAGUUUGUGCUGUGCGAACCGGAACAGUCGCCGGCCAUGUUGGACGAGUUGCUCGCAACGGCUGAAGCGUUCUACCAGUCGUUGGGCUUGCCGUACCGUGUCAUCAACAUCGUGUCGGGCGAACUCAACAACGCUGCGAUCAAGAAGUUUGACUUGGAAGCGUGGUUCCCUGCGUACUCGGAAUUCCGCGAGUUGGUGUCGUGCUCGAACUGCACGGACUACCAAUCUCGCGCGAUGGAGAUCCGUUGCGGCAUCAAGAAGAUGAACCAGACCGAGAAGAAGUACGUGCAUUUGCUCAACGCGACGUUGUGCGCGACGACGCGGACGAUCUCGUGCAUCUUGGAAAACUUCCAAACCCCCGAAGGCGUGCGCGUCCCCGAAGUUCUGGUCCCGUUCAUGGGUGGUGUCACGUUCUUGCCAUUCGUCAACGAACCCAAGGCCAACACGAACGCCCUGAAGAUGGAAAAGGCCGCGUCCAAAAAGGCGUAGGAAUUAUAUCUGGCAGGUCAUGUGUCCGGGAGUAAUGGAGUAAUCAGACGAGCAAUGUACUACACACCAAGAGAGAUAUGGUGUCAUCAAGAGUCAAGUCGUGAUGCUGAAACCACGUCGUCAUAGCCUAGGCAGCCCGUCCGCAGUCC